GCGGGGCGGCCGUGCCGGAUGCUGCCCGCAGCAGGACCCUGCCCUGGGGCCGGCUGACCAGGACCCCACUGUCGCGCGGGGCCGCCGGCCUCGCCGCCCCCUCCUCUCUGUCCCCACAGGCCGGCAUGGACGGAGCCCCCCCGCCCGCCAGCCCCGCGGGGCUCUCGGCGUACGUGGCCGUGUCCCAGCUGCUGGGCCUGACGCUGCUGAUCACCACGGGAGCCUGGCUGGGUCGCUACCGGGGUGGUGUGGCCUGGCACAGCUCCCUCCAGUUCAACGUCCACCCCCUCUGCAUGGUGCUGGGCAUGGUGUUCCUCCAAGGCGACGCUCUUCUGGUCUACCGGGUGUUCAGGCACGAAGCCAAGCGCUCCACCAAGGCUCUCCACGCACUGCUGCAUGGCCUGGCGCUGGUCAUCGCCCUCGUCGGCAUCGUCGCCGUCUUCGAGUCCCACCGUGCCAAGGGCAUCCCUGACAUGUACAGCCUGCACAGCUGGUGUGGCAUGGCCACCUUCGUGCUCUACCUCCUGCAGUGGCUCCUGGGCUGUGGUUUCUUCCUCUUCCCCGGUGCCUCCUUCUCGCUGCGCAGCCGGUACAAGCCCCAGCACAUCUUCUUUGGGAUCUCCCUCUUCAUCCUCUCCAUCACUGCCUGCCUCCUGGGCAUCACCGAGAUGCUCCUCUUCAAAAUCAGUGACUCCUACAGCCACUUUGUGCCUGAGGGCAUCCUGGCCAACACGCUGGGGCUGCUGCUGGUGGCCUUCGGGCUGGUGGUGGGCUAUGUGCUGACACGGGACGACUGGAAGCGCCCGCCCCUGGCCGAGGAGCUGGCCCUGUCCAUGGACUUCAAGACCCUGACAGAGGGUGAGAGUCCUGGUGAUGGCAGCCAGUGACACCCCCAGCUCCCUAGUCCCCAGCGCAGGCUCCUCGUGGUGUCUGUAGGGUGUUCCUGUGUGCCCUGUCCCCAGUGUCCUGGGGCUCUGUGCAGCUCAGGGUGCCAAGGACAGCUGGAGAGGGAAAUGCUUUGUGGUGUAAUGCUGCCCACUGGGUUCAAACUUGCUUGGCCUCAAUCUUCCUCAGCUCUGCCCUGUGCAGCCCCUGGUGACCCCCCAAGCCUGCCCCAUGGGGACAGCAGUGCCACAGGCAGUGGCAGAGUGGCAGCAGUAC